AUGGAUGAAGUAAAAGAGCAGAAGAUCAACAUCAAGUUCUGUCAUCGUCUGGGCAAAAGCUCGGAGGAAACUUACGAAAUGCUUCGUUUGGCUUACGGUGAGGACGUUAUCAGCAAAGAAAAAGCCCAUGAGUACUUCAUGCGGCUUGAAAACGGGAUUGUGGAGGAACGCGGUCGGGGUAGGUGGUCUACAGGGGGUCGAAGUACGGAGAAUGUGGACAAAGUUAUGAAGUUGAUUCAAGAGGACAGACGUACGAAAGUGAAGGACAUUUGUAAAGCUGUCGGCAUAUCGUACAACACUUGUCGACGUAUUUUACUGGAAGAUCUCAACCUGAGACAGGUCAAUGGACAGUGGAUUGAUGCCGUAAUGGGCCAUUGUGUUGACAUGUAG